GUGACUUCAUAUUGUAUCUUGUCCUCUUAAUAUACAAGAGUAAAAGCACAAGACCGCGCAAAUUAAAGUAACUUAAGUUUCCCUUUUUUAUUUUUUAGCCAACUAUUCGUUUCAUGGUUCAGAUUCUUGAUAAAUCUGAGAUCGCCCGUAAUGGUAACUGGAGUGUUGGCAACUGUGUAUUAGCUGUAUGCCACAGUAUAUUAUUACAUCACCAUACAAGUGCUACAGUCACAGGUGAUCAUUGUCAUAUCCUUCCCCACCUCUUCCCCCAGGGCGAUCAUUUGACCCCUGCUUCCUUAGGUAAUCUUUCGUAUAACCCCGCUCCUUACCACUCUUUAGCAGGGGAACAUUCGUAUUGCACUCCUCUCCCCCCAGGUGGUCAUUUUGCCCCUUCCCUCGCCGUACCUCUCGCUGCAGACUAUUUUUUAAUGCAUAAACCCUGUCACUAUCUCCCCAGCCCCCUUAAGGUGAUUGUUCUUGCAUUCAGGGCGGAAAAACGUUCUGCGCAAGCUUCUGCGCAUCCUUUAUCGCAGGCUCAAGGCGAGCUUUUCUGUGUGUUGACUAUGUUCGACAGUUUGUUUGUUUGUCACUGAGAGAGUUCUGACUAAGACUGAAUGAAAUGCAUAAGGUGUGAACGUUUGCUCCUCGAAAAGCCUUUUUACUUUUAUGUGGUUUUUGUUUUUCGUCACUUGAAAAUUACUUUGGACUCGGAACAACCAAUGUUAAAGGAGAAACGGAUCAUUCCGUCAGUCUGAGGUGGAAUAAAGAGUUUUGAACAUUUCCAAAGAGGCGAGUAUUUUUUUGAUUGUUCAUUCGAUUAAUUUGUGAGUUGAUUUCGCCUUCUUUCGCCGGGCUGAAUUAAAACCUACUUUUUUUUAAAUUAGUAAAUACUUUUUCACAUGCCCAGAUUUAUUCCCUCUGUAGAACCAGCUUUAUCCUUCUCUUCAGUCAAAGAUUGAACCAUUUUGUGCGCCGUAAAACUUUCUCGGAAAUACCGGUAGAAGGCCAGUAAACUUACUCUAGAAGAAAAGAAUCAUUUUUCUGUUGCUCAAAUACUAUAAGUAGUCAGAGUUUUCGUCACUUUUAAUUACAUAGUUUUGUUUUCCACUGCACUGUGAAAGUUUCUGUUCUUUAUAAGAAAUAACUUUCUGUACGCAAAUUUUCCACUUCACUCGCUGUGAAGUAGAGGACAACUGCCGGCGGUGACUUCAAAACAAUUGACUCUGCCCGUAACACUGAAUUGCUGGAGCUGGAUUUGUCUGAAGCGAGCAAAACAAAUACCCUUAUGUGCAGUUUUCUGAAUUUUGUAACGAUUGGCUGAGUUUAAUUUGCUUGAAUGAAGACCCUCACAUGCACCAGUUAUUCACUGAGUUAUUAAAGCGAGGAGAAGAGCUACAUGGUGAAUCAUAGUUUAGCUGCGAAGCUCACUGCGACUGAUCUUUUGCUUUUAAGAUCUUUAGGUAGGUUGUUUUCGUACAAAAAAUUCAUUUCUUCAUUGUCAGCAAGAAGUUUUUGCAAUAAUGUAAUUUUAACUUUGUUUGAAGGAAAUCCUACUUACGUGUAGGUUUUUGACAGAUGUUAUGCAUUUUCAACUUGACAACACAAAGCAUAAUUUAUAUUUAUCUCUUAGUACGCGAAACGAUCAAGUUUAAAAAUAAACUAUAGUUGCUUUAAAACCGAUUUUUGGGAAGAUUUUACUAGAUAAAGAUUGACCUUUUUUCUGCCCGCAUAUCAACGCAAUAACUUCUACAUUGAGGAUUUUGUUUAUAUUUUAGUUAUCUGCGAAACUACGAGUGUCCGAUCGAGCGAGGGUUUUAAAAUAUCAGCUCGAGUGCGACAAGUUCAGUGCCUUCAAACACAUUGUGGGCAAGCGUUAAUUUUUUUGGGCAAAUCACUGUCCAAAGAUAUGUUGUUUUUGUGUCCACAGUGGAGCUCCGGACCUUAUAUAUCCAGGAACUUCCUUAUAUGAACACGUUUUGUGAAUGCAUCUUGAAAAAAAUCGGACCUACGCAUGCACAUUUCCAGUACAACGCAAGGAAAUUGAUGUCGUUAAAGUCCGUUUUACUAUGAGGUAUUCUUCGAGAAAAUUAAGUAACGAUAAGGUUAUAACCACAGCUUGCAACUUUUGAAGACAAAUUGCCUGUUCUUUCCAGGUUAUGAGUGGAAACAUCUUAUUUUCAGGCAAUAAAAUAUUUGAAAUCCCGCCAUUUUUUCAAACCCGGCCAGGGGAUCUGGGCAAAAAAGUUCACGCAUGCUCAUUACGUUUUUCCGCCCUGAAGUUCUUGCAUUAUCCCUCCCGUCCUAAUUCCUCACCUUCCCUCCAUAGGUGAACGAGAUGAUUAUUUUUGUAUUCACAUUCUUUCAGUUCCGCCACGUUCUUCUCCGCCCAGCCUUCCCAUUCUCUGUGAGUUUUGGUGCUUAAUAGUUGUGGGGCGAACUAUCAGUGGUUGAUUCAGAUUCUCAUUGUAUGGUCGUGAGAUCGACAGUGGAAAACGUCCCUGUGGGUCCGCUAAUUAUACUUUAUGGAGGGAAACAUUUUCCAUCCAAGGCAUAUUCUGUUCUAAUCCGGCUAAAGAUGAUUUUUUAAGCAACUACUGAUCUUCCUUAUUUAAUUGUCAUUUUAGAGCUUGGAAAUCUGCUGCUUUUCAUCUGUGCAAGUUAUCGUGAUAUCGGUAUCCUGUACAUUAUAUUGAUGACGUGCUAACUUGAACAUCAGUGAGGCCCCAUGUUAUGUUACAAACAGGAAUCAACAUAUGUUGCUUUGUCUGUGUCCAGGUUUUGCACAUGAGAGUUUAGUAAGACGUAGUGAAGCAAAAGAAAUGAUCCUUUGUGCUCCAUGUGAAUUUUUCUAUCUAGCCUCUUCUAGCAAACAAGAAAUAAAAUUGUCAAUCGCUAGUAAGUGCCAUGACACCUCCAUUGCACUUCACUUUUACAGUUUUUAACAAGUUUCAGGACAGAACCGUUUCAUGACAAAAGAACAAGUCUACAAAGUCGUUUGAAAGAACGCUUGCUGUGAUUGUUUAUUUUUUACGUUGAAUUCCUUAAUAAAACUCCCACUAACAGAUAUUAGGGAUCGUGCAAGGGUUUAUUACUGUCUGUUAACCAAUGUGUCGAGUAACAAGGUACGUCAAAAAGAAUAUAACUACUACAAUAAAACUAUUAAAGUUUCGUAUUUUGAGACAGCACGUUUUCUUUUCCUAACAUGUGGUUUUGUAUUUUGGUGAGUGAUUUGUUCGUUCUCUAUUGUGUUUUCUCUUGAGAAGUGUUCCAAGAUCCUGGCCUCAGAAGCAACUAAAGAGAGACUUCCCAUAAAUAUUGCUGGUACGACAGUUUUAUCUUGCGUUUAUUUAUUCAAUUUUUUUUCUUUUCUUCACUUUUUUUUUUCAUAAGUAAUCUUUUUUUCUUAUUUAACAAUUGCAGAUGACAUAACAACGAGUUCGUUUCCAGUCCCUCCGCCUGUAAAACACAUCGGAACACCAUUUCUUAAGCUAACGAGGUAUUAAACAAAUGUAACUGUAGCAAGAUUGUUUCACGUGGCAAUGAAAACUUCUUUUAAUGGUGUUUGUUUUCUAAGAGAUUGCUUGCAUGUUCCGUGGAUGUAAUUUCAGAUUGUUUUUAUAGAGGAGCCCUUCUCCCCCAGAACCAAACUUAGAACCAAGCUGAAGGUGGUUAGUGUGUGGAUUUAAGUGACAGCUGCUGUGCAGUACUUUCCUAUGGCUCUGCUUAUCACACUGUUCUUAGUUUUGAUGAGUGUCCUUUUAAACCUGGGACCAGUUCCUGAAUGGCCGAUUAGCGCUAAUCCAGGAUUAUAAUUUUGUUCCAUUUUUGUAUUUUACCUUCCUAUGUAUUUCUUAGAGUAACAGUUUGUGAUAUCAUCAUUACAGUAUCUCGGAGUAAAGACUCAACACCAUUUUGUAAGCUCCAGUUACAUGUUCUUAGACAAGAAAACCUUGCUUAGAAUUUGGAUUAACCUUGGGUUAAACUUAACCAUCUUUCGCGGAACCGGGCCCUGGUGUGUAAUUUCAGGAUGAAUUGGUGAAUUUUCAUUCCGUUAGUAGCUUACGUAGCAAGCGUUUCCGUGCCAGUUAUUCGAGAAAGCUGGAACAAGAGCGAAAAAGAGACCUGGAGAAGGAGGGGUGGAAAGGAAAUCUCUCUUCUCUUGUCUUCUACCCCCCCCCCCCCUUCGUUGAGUUUUUCCUCUUCUCUUCUUUUUUUUGCGGGGGGCUCUUGUUCCAACUUUCGCAGAACAACUCGAGCGGAACCGCUUCCUACGCAGGAUAAUUGCGUAGUGAUACUCUCUCAUCUAUUGCUCUAUAGAAUAAGGAUACCAAUUAAAUAUUCAGAUUUUAAUUUUUUGAUCCUGAUUGCUGAGAAUAGAAACUUUACCGUAUUUAUUUUUUCGUAAAACAGAGUUUCUCAGCCUUCAUGCGAAGGCUCUCUUUCUGAGAUGAAGACCUUAACCACUGAUGAAUACGAGGAAGCUGGAAACUUGAGAGGUUUGUGUCGCCAUUAGUCCUCUUGUUCUUGACUUUGUGAUUAAGUAUUCUUACUACCAAUAUUUCUUUCUGUUACUACCAAUGAUUAUGACCGUGUAUCGAUCGUGUAGGUAAUGAGUAAAGGUUGUUAUUAAGAAUAGGUAGGUAAGGAAUUAAAAAAAUAUAUUAUAGUUUGUAUAUCAGGAGGAAAAAUUUGACGUCCAAAAGGAGCGAAAAGGCUUUUGUUUACGUCUGUGUGGAUAUCUAAGUGAUAAUCUUCAGAUAUAAAAGUUUAAACUGCGCUUGGAUUUAAGCGAAACCAUGAUAAAUGUGCUUUAUCGGAAUAAAAGUAGUGGUAGUGUUUACGAUAAAUAGCAGAGGGUGAAUUUGAGCUUUGCGUUUUCUCCAUUAACUUCAAGUUAACUUUAAGGGAGAUGAAAGCGAAAAAAUUAUUUGUGGCAGAAUUAACGGAAAUGUUACCUGUUCCAAUGCGAUUAUCAAUACCUUCCCUUAAUGAACUUAGAAAUCUGCAUUCCUCGUGUUGAAAAGAGGAUAACUGACGUGACUUAUGGGUGGGGUACGUUCAUCACAGAUUCGCUUUGUGCCUGGCGUAAGUUUAAUUCGAAGUUACUUAAUCCCCUCUACAGCUGCUUAUCAUAUUGUUUAUGGUUGUGGUUACGGAAUGUCGCCUGACGGAUCUACCCAUCGCUUUUUCGCUGUCUGUAGGUCUUUUGGAUCAGUAUCUGAAGGUGCUUGAAACGAGCUACAGUAAAGAAAUAUCAAUCACUUAUUACUUGCACUUUGUAAGUACUAGAAAGAAGAGUUGUUUUGAUCCAUUCAGUUGCCGUUCUGUUUCUUUGUUCGCUUUGAACUUCGGGUACCUAAGUGAGUCACCUAUUAAGUGAUCUACAAACCAACUGGCUGCAAUUAACUAACAAGCUGACUUAUUGACUGACUCAUUUACUAACUGCCUUGUUAUUCCACUAAUGACUAACGGACUUGAUUGCGUAUUUAGUGACUUACUGUGUCUCCUUUUGAGCGUCUUGUGAUUGGUCUAUUGAUGGACUGAAUUACUGACUUGAUGACUAACCGACUGACUGACGGGAUGACCCAUUACUGAACACGACUAACUAAAUGAGUAACCAUUUAACUGCUAACUUACUUACUUACUGAUCUACUGUUUUAGUUAAUGAAUACAUGAAACAUGACCGAUCUGUUGUUAUAUUGCCUGACUGAUGGACUGUUUGACGGACUUCCUGACUGAAUUGCUAACUGCCUUAAAGACAGAUUUACUCUUUUACUGACUGGCUGAAUGGAUGACUGACUGGCAGACUGACUGACUUGACUGACUGAUAUUCUAACUAAUACAUUUACUAUUUGACCCUUUGAAUGAUAGGCUUGACCCAGUUCAAACGUCAAUCUUUUUAUGUACCGAACUUAAUCCCUUCCAUUAAGUACAAGAAAAGAUCGACGUGUGAAUCAGUUAAGGCCGACAAAGCUAAUUUGGGUUAACUCAUGAAUUAUGUUUUAGUAGCCCGGUGGGGGUAAAAGACGGCAUGAGUUUGCGGAAUGGCAUGUUGCAUGGCUUGCGGAAUGGCAUAAUUAUGCGGAAUGUAAUAUACUCAGAAUGACCCAGAGAAAUAAAUUAAACUGAAAAGUGCGCCCUUUUUUGGCGCCAAUCAAUUUGCCUAAGCACCCCCUGUUUUGUUACGGGCCCGACAUACGAUGACAAUCAAAAAGCCACGAUGGCUCAUUGUCGGUUAGUCUUCUUCGCACAGCCACAAAGAUUCUAGUCUUGCCUUUAUUAGUCGGGCUGAAUGGCAGCACCGAUACUACAUCACGAAAGUCGGCCAUUGAAGAAAAGAUAUUUUGUAAGGUCAUUCUUCCCUUCUACAAACCGUGUGAGAAGUGUUACUUUUUCAGACGGUGGGUUUCGUGAUCGUGACAUAAUAUUCAGAGAUGAAAUGGAUCUCGUAUUUUGUUUCCUUGGCUGCGAGGUUUAGUUUUCAGCACGCGAAGCUAACAGCUGGCAGAGAAGGGCGAGUUCGAAUCCUGGCAAUUGAGUGUGUGUCUUUUUUUCGUUUUUUCCCUUCCUACCGUUUUUAAUUUGCAUUGUUUUCACGAUCAAACGCACACACUCACACAAUCAAGGAAGGUGCGAAGAGAGCAGUUCCCUUCACUCACUCGAUUUCUGGAUUACAGAUUAACAUUUGACUCGGGUUCAUUAAGUCUCAAAUAUGAUCUGAUUCGUUCACCGUAUUAAUUUAUAAUCCCUAGAAGUCGGAUAGAAUUGUAGCUAGCCCGACUUCACGUUCAACAAGCGCCUCUAGCGUUUUGACUUUUGACUAUAUUAUAAUGGAGGGCAAAAAGAGAGAAAGUAUUGUCGAAAACACCAAAGAUAAAUUAAGUAUUAAUUAAGUAUUACAUAGACAGGAAUGCAGUAAAGCUUACCUCUACCUUCCGCUCUGCCUUGCUGGUUUGAGCCACCAGUAAUAAAUGGCCCGGUAAAGCAGUUGCUCACUCAAAUUGGCGCCAAAAAGGGCGCGCGCACUGCUUUUCAGUUUAAUUUAUUUCUUUGCGCCAUUUUCCAUAUUUUACAUUCCGCAUAAUUAUGUCAUUCCGCAAGCCAUGCCACAUGCCAUUCCGUAAACUCAUUCCGCCUUUUACCCCCACCGCUAGUUGCCAUCAUUUCGACUGAGAACCGACUUAGUUUCAAACGUCGAACUUUUCAUAUGUCGAACCUAAUGCAUAAAUUACUGUAAUUUAUUUUCUACCGGUAAACAAUGUAGACCACUGUGCAUCGUAAAAAUCAAAAGAGGAUAAAGCUGUCUUGGUAAAAUUGCAUUAAUUUCGACGUCCCAAUCAACCGUCGAACUUACAUCAUUUGGGUCGACCCAAAUAGCUAUUAAGUUCAGUACAUGAAAAGUUCGAAGUUAGAAAGCUGGGCCUGGGAAUCUACCGAUCAACGGUUCGACUGUCGCGACCGUCUAACUCCACCGACGGACUGACUAAUGUGCUGAUCAACUGACAAUGCAAAUGAAUGACUGCGAUGACUUUUUUCUCGGUUUCUUAACAGACAGAUUCUUCACCUCCAUCCACAUCAAGGAUAAUCUAUGCUCUGGUUUUGAAGUUUCAUACCGACAGACGCUACAAGAAAUUGGACGGUUUGUGUCCUGACCACCUGUAUUUACCAUUUGAUAUUUUACAGCUUACGCACUUUUGUCGAUCUCUUAACUAAGUUCUCCUUGGUUUCUUUAUCAGAUGUCCACAUUUCUUACCUAUCGACAGCAAAGUCUUCUAAUCCUUCCGAAGGUAAUAAAGCAAUUUUUAAUCCCAGGUAGCGAGCGGCUUACAGACACUUCUCAGCUCGGUUUACUUUUAGUCUCUGUCCUGUCCACCCUAGAGUUGGGAAAUUACAGAGACUUGCGGGCGGAAAACAGUUGUUAAGGCUAUGUUCUAAAUAAAUCGGACAGCUUUUUCGCCGGCACGAAAACCAUACUGGAUAUUGCUUCUGGCCACACGUAAGAAUGGUGAUUUUGGCGCGAUUUCUGUAACGUGGCGAAGCUGCGCCGCGCCGAUCUCGAAAGUGGGGCGUCACGUAUUGGAUAGGUUGUAUGCUAGACUUUGUUUCAGUGAAUAAGUAGGAAAGAUGUCCAGAGUGAGGAUUGGGAUUUAGAAAAUCAAACCCUGUCGGCCAGCCGCCCGGGCACGAUGUUCUUUGCCGUUGCUGUUCACACCAUAACGGAUAGCUUUAGUCCACACGAAAAUCUAUCUGGUGCAGUGUGAACAUACCUAAGACCAGCAGGCUGUCACAGAGACAGAAGUUCGCCUUUAAUAGAUAAAAGAAAGAAAAAAAAGGCGUUUGUACGUAUUAAUUUUGUUUCUUUUUUGCUCAUCAGGUUGUUGCCAGGUUACAGUCAGUUUUCGUCCUCUUGAUCCUGUACCAGCGAUAUUUCAAGUUAGGUAAGUCUUGUCGGCAUGACGUUUGCGGGGAUACUCUUGAAUCAUAGUUGCUCACGCAAUUUUGGGUGUGAUACACCCUAGCUGUCCUAGCAAGAGAAAACCCAAAUUUGGUCUCGUCUGUAUCGAACGCUGUAGUUUUCCUUCUCUAAAAUUGUGAGCUUUAUCUGUGCAGCAGUUUGAAACUGACAUUACUCGGAGUUAUUUCAUGGACUCGGCGAAGUAUCUGGAUUUUUCAAUUAUUUCUUGUACUUGUUUCUGCGGGCUCAAUUUUUCUUUAUUUCCACUCUUGUCACGAUAUCGCCAAAUGGAGAGCUUGGUCGCGGGCUAACCACACUACCUUAAAACACAAAAAUAAAUUUGAACUAAAGGUAAACUAAAGACAACGCGUUCGCUUAUUCAUAAAUAGUCUUAUGUCUUAUCAUUGUUAUGUCUUAUUUUCUAUGAAGUUUUGAUUGUCGAAGUGCCCGCUUGGAUUAGCUUCGUUAAUUUAUCAACAAAAGUUAACCGUUGAAAAAAAAUUAACUGGUAUACUUUGUUUUCAGGGCUAUUUUUAAUGAAGAUAGUGGUCUCACAUGUGCAGUAACACUGGAUGACUUGCCAGUUCAGUUUUCGGACUUAUUUACUCCCCUUCGCGUUCCAGAUAAAUUCAAGGUAAACGUCUUUUUGCUUUUUUCACUUUGUGUGAAGUAAUUUUUUUUUAGUCCCAUAUUAAACCAGCUAUGUUUCCCUGCCCGCCUAGGUAAGUUUAUCUACUAUUUGCAGGUCAGUGUAAUUGUUUUUCAAAAUUGUGUCAUAGUAAACAAUAAAAGAAAUAAAUCCGUCCAGAAAGUCGUAACAAUGCUGACUUAGUAAUUAUCUACGGAUUAAACAAGCCAGUCCCCUGCAGCUUAUUGAUUUUAGAUGUGUUACUGUAGACCUGCCCACAUCAUGUUGUCAAAGGAAAACUAUUUUCUGUGCUCUGGGACUAUAUCACCAAAGUUCAACGAACCAGGUAGGCGGUUAUUUGUUUCUUAAUAAUUAAUUCCACUUCACUGCAUAACCACCGCACUCUCUGCUUGAAAGUGAUGAGGAAGGGAUGGGAGGGAAGGGAGGGGAAAUCAAACGAUCAGACUCGAAAGAACAGCGCGCAAAUCUUUGUCGAAUAAUACUUAAGGUAAUAGAGAGACUGACAUGAGAAGGACAAAUCGUACACAAAAUUUUAUUUUGCUUAAGGUUCUUAUCGGAACGACUACUCUGAAGGAUUUCCUAAAGCGAUCCAUGCUGAAGAAGGGUGCUGAAAAUUAAUUUUCCAAAACCUCGGGCAACAGAAACUAGUCUGCCGACUCUACAAUCAAACAAGGCUUUUUUCCAUUGUAGGAUUUUCUGUGGUGGGAAAACAAGGAGUCCAUGUUUUGAUCUUUCCUUCCGUUGGCUGAUAAAAUAAAUAACGAAAACUUAGGGGAACCACUUCUGAUGGUCAAAUGACAAUCGCUUUAUAUCGGAUCUCAGUCUUACGACAGUACAAGAGUCUUACGUCCAAUUUCUAUAUUGCAGUGGAAACCGUAUAGGUACUGGGGCCGAGUCCGUCGUUUGCCUCACUGUGGAGUGGGAUCACAUGAAAAAGAUAAUCGAGGAACGCUUACUUGCUUUUGUUACAAGUACUUCUGGUAAGGAUUUCUUGACUGAUACCAUUAGUUGUGUAUUGUUGGUGUUUUCUUCGCCAAUCUCCAAGGACGUUUAUGUUUUUAAUCGAUACUAUUUCUUGCCAGAUAAUGAAAUACGACUUGGGAUAUUCUUGCCACCUCUUCAACACCUCCUACUCGAGUUUCGUCCUCUCAAUCAAAAAACUGUAGUUUCCGUGGCAACGGAUGAUUGGCGACUGCUUCAGCUGGUGGAAUCUUACCUUCUUCAGUUUGAGCGGGUCAGCGGAUAA